AUGACUGUUGAGAACUUGAGACAGAGAUACGUUGACGCCAAUCAAGAUCAUUUGUUUGAUCAUUUUGAUAAAUUAUCUGAUGAAGAUAAGACGCUUUUCACACAAAAUUUAUCCAAAGUGGCCGAUCGUAUUCCCCCAAAGAAACUAGUCGAGGACUGUAAGCAUGCUAUCAAACUUUCUAGUGACAUCUCCAGAGAAGGUUCUUCCAUCGAGCCUCUACCUUCUUCAUCCUACGAAUCGAUAAUUGGCAACCCUGAGAAGGAACAAGAAUAUUACAAUAUAGGGUUAGACGCCAUUGCUAGAGGACAGGCUGCUGUUAUUCUGAUGGCUGGGGGACAAGGAACAAGAUUGGGGUCGUCUGAACCCAAAGGCUGUUACGAUAUUCAACUGCCUUCUCAUAAAUCAUUGUUUCAAAUUCAAGCUGAAAAAUUGAUUAGUUUACAAAAAUUGGCGAAUAAUGUCGUUAUUCCGUGGUAUAUUAUGACAUCUGAACCAACAAGGGCUUCCACAGAGUCUUUUUUCGUGAAGCAUAAUUAUUUUGGUCUAUUGCAAUCACAAAUUGUCUUUUUCAAUCAAGGAACUUUACCUGCAUUUGAUAUAAAUGGUGAAAGAUUAUUGUUAGGCAGCCCAACAAAAUUAGUUGAAUCUCCUGACGGUAAUGGUGGACUUUACUGUUCAUUAAGAGAUAAUGGCAUUCUAACUGACAUGAUAAAUAAAGGUGUUAAGCAUGUCUACAUGUAUUGUGUUGACAAUGUACUCUCAAAAGUAUGUGAUCCUGUUUUCAUAGGAUUUUCUAUUAAGCAUAGUUUUGAGUUAGCUACAAAAGCUGUUAGAAAAAGGGAUGCUCAUGAAUCUGUAGGUCUUAUUGCAUCAAAAGAUAAUCGCCCCUGUGUCAUCGAAUAUUCUGAGAUUUCAAAAGAAUUAGCUGAAGCUCAGGAUGCAAAUGGUUUACUGAAAUUACGUGCUGGAAAUAUUGUAAACCAUUAUUAUUCUAUUGAUCUUUUGAAACGUGAAUUAGACAAUUGGUGUAAUAACAUGGUAUAUCACAUUGCGAAGAAGAAAAUUCCAUCAUUUGAUAAUAAAAAAAAUAUUUACUAUCAGCCAGUUGAGCCAAAUGGUAUCAAAUUGGAACAAUUCAUUUUUGAUGUUUUUCCAACCAUUUCUCUAUCGAAAUUUGGCUGUCUUGAAGUGGAAAGAUCAGAGGAAUUUGCGCCGCUGAAGAAUGCACCUGGUACAAGUAACGAUAAUCCGGAAACGAGUAGAGCUGCUUACUUGAACUUAAGUAAGAAAUGGUUGACUGCUGCUGGUGCUCACGUCGGAGAAGGUGUUAAUAUUGAAGUCUCUGGCACCUUAACAUAUGCUGGUGAAAAUUUGUCCCGAUUUAAAAAUCAAAAUUUUAAUAGUGACAUCCUCCUAGAGUGA